CCUUCCAACUACCAAAUGAGCGAAAUAUUCCUCCUUUUCGAGAUCCUUGUCUCCCAUUUAAAUAACAAAAGCGCGACUUUGCAUCGAAAUAGAUCCCGUUUUACUCUUGCCACUCACGCGCUAAUCUCAGUAGUAAAAAUGCCUGUCCUCGCGCACUCCACCACUUCAAACAACCCCCACAUCCAGCGGAUCCGCCACCUCAAAUUAGCCCUCAUCGUGGUUUUCCUGCAGCUCGCGCUUUCCCUCGCCUUCCUCCUCGUCUGCGAGUACUGCGACAGGGCUGACGCGUCCGACCCUCGCAACUCCGUCAGCCCGGCCCUGGGGGGCUUCCGCAGGACCGGGCUAACCCCCACAAUGUUCCAGGACGUCCACGUGAUGAUUUUCGUCGGUUUCGGGUUCCUUAUGACGUUUCUGCGACGUUAUGGUUACAGCGCGGUGGGCUUUAAUUUUUUAUUGGGCGCUUUGAUUAUCCAGUGGGCUCUGCUGUGUCAGGGGUUUUACCAGCUCAAUGAGAAUAAUAAAAUCAAGCUCGGAAUUGAGAGUUUGUUUAAAGCGGAUAUCGCCGCCGCCACGGUGCUUAUCUCGAUGGGGGCGGUGCUGGGACGCACGUCGUACAUGCAGCUGCUGGUCAUGGGGGUGCUGGAGAUCGCGGUGUUCGCCGGCAACGCCGUCCUGGGAGACCGCGUGUUCCAGGUGUCCGACGCCGGUGGCUCGAUCUUCGUGCACGCCUUCGGCGCCUACUUCGGUCUGGCCGUGAGCACAGUCCUCGGAUUCAGGUCCCCGAAAACCGAAGACAACUCCCUGGAAGAAGCCAGAUACACGUCCGACCUCUUCGCCAUGAUCGGGACCAUCUUCUUGUGGCUCUACUGGCCGAGCUUCAACGCCAUCGAAGCACCAGGAGACGGCCAACAGAGGGCGGUGAUAAACACGUACUUGUCGCUGGCGGCCUGCUGUGUCACCACUUUCGCUAUUUCUAUCAUUUUGAGCCACGAACAUAAAUUCGACAUGGUACACAUCCAGAAUUCCACGCUGGCGGGAGGAGUGGCGGUGGGCACCAGCGCCAACUUGAUGCUGGAGCCGUUCGGGGCCGUGCUCGUAGGGGUGGCGGCGGGGGCCAUUUCCGUCGCGGGAUACGAAAAGAUAACUCCCUUUCUGCGAACGAACUUUGGAAUUAGAGAUACUUGCGGCGUUCAUAACCUCCACGGCAUUCCUGGGGUAUUAGCGGGUUUAAUUGGGGCAUUUAUGGCCGGAAUAGCUUCCGAAUCGAUGUACUACAAGACUCUGUAUGAAAUAUACCCUGCCAGAGCCGAACCGAACGUGACUGCCACAGCCGAAUACACAUUUUUGAAGCCCGGAUUGGGACGAACCGCUGGAGAGCAAGCCGGCUACCAAGUUCUGGCUCUCGCGGUGACCCUAGUGCUUGCCGUGGUUUCAGGUGUCAUAACCGGACUCAUUUUAAGAAUCGUGAAGUUGGGCCAACUGUCAGCCGAAAACUUCUACGACGACGCCCCCUCGUGGACACUGCCUGAACCCGUCGCACCGAUUAAGAAGAGCUCUGCAGCCGGCUGCCACUACGACAACCCCAGCUUCGAACCGCCGUUCACCAACGGCGCGUCGCCACCAGAUGUCUACAGCUAGCGUGUUAUAAAACUAGAAACUAAAUAAACAGUAUUAUCACACUAAAUUGUAUAAAAUUGUCACACCAACCACAA